UCGACACGAUCCGGCUUUCUCCUACAACCUGUUUGUCGACGUCUGCUAUUCCAUCGCACAACCAGAAAAAUGAGCCGCAACCUUCGUUUCGCCAGCAGCCUGCGCACAAUCGCCUCGGCGCCGCGUGCCGUUGGCGCCCGCGCCGUCUCGAGCGCAGCCGGCUCGGCGCCUUCGCUGCCGCCUUCGCCCGAGGCGACUUCCUCGACCGCCUCGUCGUCGUCGACCGCCGGCCGGACGACGCACUUCGGCUUCAAGGACGUCCCGGAGGAGGACAAGGAGUCGCUGGUUGGCGGCGUCUUCUCGUCUGUCGCGUCAAAGUACGACAUUAUGAACGACACCAUGUCGGCCGGCAUCCACCGGCUGUGGAAGGACGACUUUGUCGCCUCGGUCCUCCCCCGCCUGCCGCCCAGCGUGCACCGCAACCCUGUGCGCGCGGACGGCACCCAGGCCCCCGACCACGAGCCCGCCGCUCCCGCGCCGUUCAAGGUGCUCGACGUUGCCGGCGGCACUGGCGACAUUGCGCUCCGUCUCCUCGACCGCGCGCGCGAGAAGUUUGGCAGCAGGGAUAUCGAGGUCGAGGUCGUUGACCUCACGGAGGGCAUGCUGCACGAGGGACGGAAGCGUGUUGCCCAGGGUAUCUACUACAACACCCCCCAGAUCACCUUCACCCAGGGCAACGCCCAGGCGCUCCCAGAGCACAUCAAGGACAACUCGAUCGACCUGUACACCAUUGCGUUCGGUAUCCGCAACUGCACGUCGUUGCCUGCUGUCCUGAGCGAGGCGUACCGCGUCCUCAAGCCCGGAGGCCGCAUCGGUGUCCUCGAGUUUGGCAAGGUCACCAACCCCCUUCUCAAGGAGAUCUACCGCCAGUACUCGUUCCAGGUCAUCCCCGUCAUGGGCCAGAUCAUCGCCGGCGACCACGCCUCGUACCAGUACCUCGUCGAGUCGAUCGAGCGCUUCCCCAGCCAGCCCGACUUUGCCCAGCUUGUUCGCGAUGCCGGCUUCCAGACUGGUGCCAUGCGCGAGGGCAAGGGCGGCGCCUGGACGGACUACACGUUCGGUGUGGCGACCAUGUGGACCGGUGUCAAGGCUUAGAAAGCCACAUAGGGUGUAGCGAUAGAUUGGUAUAGGCGAGCAUAGAUGCACUCCUCUUGACUGA